AUGGCUAACGUGAAAUCAAGGAAGCAGAAACAACUGGUUAAAGAGACAGAUCCAAAACUUCCCGAUUCAGUCAUUCCAGAAAAUGAAGUUUCUGAAUCUGAUGUCGUCUCAUAUAAUAAGACUGACGAUUUAGAAGCAAAUGAAGGUCAAGAACGGGGAGGGUGGGGAAUGAAAAUUGAGUUCCUUCUCUCUUGCAUUGCUUUUGCUGUCGGUCUUGGAAAUGUAUGGCGUUUUCCCUACCUCUGUUUCAAGAAUGGAGGAGGUGCCUUCUUAGUACCCUAUGUGAUCAUGUUAAUUUGUCUGGGUCUUCCAAUUUUCUUCCUGGAAUUCGCCUUUGGUCAAUUCGCCAGUCUUGGUCCAAUCGCGAUCUGGUCCAUUAGUCCUUUGUUCAAAGGUGUUGGCUAUGCAAUGACGAUUGUUUCCUGGUACAUAUCAUUGUACUACAAUGUUAUCAUAGCAACAGCUUUCUUCUACCUAUUCGCAAGUUUCAACAGUCAACUACCUUGGUCCACUUGUACUAACUGGUGGAAUAACCAAAGCACCUGCCAUGUUAUAGGAACGAAUUCGUCUAUCCCAAUUAAUGAAACCUCAUCUCCUGCUGUAGAGUACUAUAACCAUUAUGUACUUCAAAAGUCAUCUGGUUUUGAAGACUUUGGAACUCCAGUUUGGCAUAUAACUCUCUGCCUUCUCUUCUCUUGGAUUGUUGUGGUCCUCAGUUUGAUCAAGGGUGUCCAGUCUUUGGGUAAAAUAUCCUACUUCACCGCCAUCUUCCCAUACAUCAUGCUGACUAUACUUCUAGUACGUGCUGCCACACUUGAGGGCUCACUAGAAGUUCUGGUUGCAACAAUUAAUUGUCUCACUUCUGUGUUUGCCGGUUUCGUGGUUUUCUCAACUCUUGGCUUCAUGGCUCAUAUAAAAAAUGUCACUGUGGAUCAAGUCGUUGAAUCAGGACCUGGUCUUGUCUUCAUGGUCUAUCCAGAAGCUUUGAAUCAAAUGCCCGUUCCUGUUCUCUGGUCCAUUCUAUUCUUCAUCAUGUUAGUAUCCCUGGGUUUGGGCAGUGAACUGCCCUAUGUGGAAACUGUACUCUCCAGUUUCCAGGAUGAAUUCCGUCGAUACAAUUUCCUCAAGACCUGGAAAUCUCAAUUCGUUUUCCGAGUUGUGCUAUGCUCUAUCAACUUCCUUAUCACAAUUCCCAUGGUUUGCAACGGUGGUGCAUAUCUCGUAAACUUGUUGGAUAAUGUGAUGUCUGGAUAUCCUGUUCUCAUUAUUGCCUUGAUGGAGCUUCUGGUCAUCUCUUAUGUCUAUGGCAUCAAACAGUUCAUGCGAGAUGUAAAACUUAUGAUCGACUCAAAGCCAAACUGGUAUUGGAGAAUAUGCUGGAUGGUUGUUUCUCCAUGUGCGGUUCUGGGUUUAAUUAUCUUCAUGAUUGUCGGAGGCAAACCAUACAGUAUGGACGGUUACAUCUACCCCUAUGGAAUUCAAGUCAUGGCCCAGAUCAUCGCUAUCGUUCCAAUUCUUCUGAUUGUUGGAUGGUUCCUCUACAAGUAUUGCCACGAUGGUGGAUGGAUACUUUUGCGCGAAUUCUCCAAACCAGUCAGUGAUUGGGGACCGGCCGAGGACAUUCAUCGUACAGAAUUCCUCACGAAUAUUUGCGAACGAACACUAGGUUAUGUUCCUCCAGAUGUUCAGGGUAAAAGUGAUGGAGAAGACGAGGGUUUAAGAGAUGAAGAAAGAGGUAAUGGAGUUCCCACUCAGGGUCAAGGUGUUUGGAAUACUGGUGUUGCAGGAAGUAGUGCAAAUAUUCGGGCAGCUGCAUCUACCCAAGCCCUACACUCUUUACUCAACGAAGGCGAAUUCUACCAAAGUAAACUCAGUAUUGCUGAGAAGAUGGCGGAGUUGCAUGCCAAAGAAUUGAUAAAACAAGGAGUACCAGUUGAAAUGUUUGGAUCAAGUGAUAGGUUCAAAUUUACAAGCAAUUCUGUGGAAGAUCUCAGAGAAAAGAGUAAUCAAGAAUCUGAGGAAGAGGAGGAUGAUGAAUGGGAAAAUGAUGUGGGUGAAGAAGGAAAAGGAAGAAAAGGAAAAUUUUCCGGUGCUUCCCGAUUAUUUAAAUGA